ACCUUCGCGACGCGCGCACGUGUGACUCUCUCGACCCACUCCCGACAGGUUGCUCGCGCGAUGCCGAUGGCGGCGAUACACGCUUAUCAAAAUCUCGGUGUCAAUCAGAAGCUUACGCAACUGCAGGCACCUGCACCCAGAAGACUCGCGCCGGCGCCGAUCGACGCGACCCGCUGCAAGAAGAAGACUUACGUCCAUCAGCCGUAUCCCACUCAACCAGCGUCCGUCGCUCGAAGAAACGCGCGAGAAAGGAACAGAGUGAAGCAAGUUAACAACGGAUUUGCAGCGUUGCGGCAACAUAUCCCAACUGCAGUGACCGCAGCUCUGGCCGGCGGAAGAGGAUCUUCGCGAAAGCUCAGUAAAGUAGAUACUUUGAGACUAGCAGUAGAGUACAUCAAAAGUUUAAAAAGAUUGUUAGAAGAGAGUGAGGAAGGAUGCUCCGACAGUCAGAUUGGAGUAGGUAUGCCAUCAAAUGGACCUCAAACACCGCCGUCUUCCGAAGAAUCCCAUUCACCAGCCCCCUCAUUAUCAGAUAGUUCUGUCGGGCCUCACUGUCAUGACGCUUAUGACUCAUACGAACCCAUGAGUCCAGAAGAUGAAGAACUUCUUGAUGUCAUAUCUUGGUGGCAGCAACAAUGAUAUGAGAUGCCGUGGCAUAAGGAUAUCAAAGUGCGGCCAGUAAGCGGCUUCUUGAUUGUGAAAAAAACGAGUAUUCGCUUCAAGUAGAAGCCGAGCGAUGGAGCGCUCGGGACUCGGAGAGAACCUCUAAUUAACCGCAAUCAGUAUAUUCCUAAUGAGAGGGGAUAAUGGUGGACUACAACGACCACAUCGAUGCAUUCCGCCGAGCGACCGACCACGAUCGAAUACCCAUGCUUGCGUUUCAUACAUCGAGGGAAUAGCAUUACAAAGACUGAGAUGAUCAUUUAUUGUUCCACAGAAGCAUUUAACAAUAUUGUAAGACUCAAACCAUCGCUGUGCCUUAAUAUAGCCUUACUUAAACUUACUUCCAAUAGGAAUUAAUUUCGUAUUACAAUUAGUUUGUAAGCAUUUUCUAGUCACUAGUUUAAGAAUUUAAAUUUUGUUUCGGUUACUGCAGUUGAAGAUAAACAUAUUUCCAUACUUUAGCAAUCCUGAGAAAGGGAUUUCUCUUCUGCAUUGUUUUUGUAAAUAUUACUGUCUGAAUGUGUUGAGAUAAAGACUUGUAAAUAAAUUUAUUAG